CACGACCCGGCAACCCAGAUCUGGACCUUAUUUAUAGUUCACGAGCAGAAAGGGAUCAAACAUCAAAGCAGCACGGAGGUCCAACAAUGGCGGAGAAGGGCGUGAAGGUGUUCGGCAUGUGGGCGAGCCCCAUGGUCAUCCGGGUGGAGUGGGCGCUCCGGCUCAAGGGCGUCGUGUACGAGUACGUCGACGAGGACCUCGCCAGCAAGAGCGACGCGCUGCUCCGCCGCAACCCGGUGACCAAGAAGGUGCCGGUGCUGGUCCACGACGGCAAGCCGAUCGUGGAGUCCACCAUCAUCGUCGAGUACAUCGACGAGGCGUGGAAGGACGGCUACCCCAUCAUGCCGGCCGACCCCCACGACCGGGCUCAGGCGAGGUUCUGGGCCAGGUUCGCCGACGACAAGUGCAACGCCGCCAUCUACCCGGUCUUCACGGCGACCGGCAAGGCGCAGCGGGAGGUGGUGCGCGAGGCACAGCGGUGCCUGAAGACGCUGGAGACGGCCCUGGAGGGGAAGAAGUUCUUCGGGGGCGACGCCAUCGGCUACCUCGACGUCGUGGUUGGGUGGUACGCGUACUGGCUGCCGGUCAUCGAGGAGGUCUCCGGCGCCAGCAUCGUCACCGACGAGGAGCUCCCUCUGAUGAAGGCCUGGUUCGACCGGUUCCUGGCCGUCGACGUGGUGAAGGACACCCUGCCACCCAGGGACAAGCUCCUGGCGCUCAACAAGGCUCGCCGUGCGCAGCUCCUCUCGGCGUAGAGCUUGUACUACUAGUUCCGGGCCUUCCAGCUACGUAACGCAAGCUUCUAUGCCAUGGAUAAAUAAGUGUUGCGCAUUUGCACAUUGUGCAACAAAUGUUUGGAAGUUGAAACUUGUUUCAGCCGCCUGCUUCACAUUCUCAGUUUAUAUAAACUUCAUCCACGAUGUUGUACGCUACCA